CGGAAUCUAGGUGGGGCCAGCGCCGCGCCCCCGCGGCCAGCCCCGAGCCGCGUCCUCCCGGAGCCGCCUCCCCGCGGCCUCUUCCCUUUUGUCGUGCUCCCCGCACUCCAGGGCCACUCUCCGCCGGCGUCCGAUCCCCGCGCGCUGCUCUCCUCCGCGCCGCCACCGUCAAGAUGCUGCGCUGCGGCCUGGCCUGCGAGCGCUGCAGGUGGAUCCUGCCCCUGCUCCUGCUCUGCGCCAUCCCAUUCGACAUCAUUGCGCUGGCCGGCCGCGGAUGGCUGCAGUCGAGCAACCACAUCGAGACAUCCUCGCUGUGGUGGAAAUGUAAUGAGGAGGGUGGCGGCAGCGGGUCCUACGAGGAAGGCUGCCUGAGUCUCAUGGAAUAUGCGUGGGGGAGGGCAGCUGCUGCCAUGCUCCUCUGUGGAUUUAUCAUCCUGGUGAUCUGUUUCAUCCUCUCCUUCUUUGCCCUCUGUGGACCCCAAAUGCUUGUCUUCCUGAGAGUGAUCGGAGGCCUGCUGGCCCUGGCUGCUGUGUUCCAGAUCAUCUCCCUGGUAAUCUACCCUGUGAAGUACACCCAGACCUUCAACCUGCACGCCAACGUUGGUGUCACUUACAUCUAUAACUGGGCCUACGGCUUCGGGUGGGCGGCCACGAUUAUCAUGAUCGGCUGUGCCUUCUUCUUCUGUUGCCUCCCCAACUAUGAAGAUGACCUCCUGGGCAACGCCAAGCCCAGGUACUUCUACACAUCCGCCUAAGGUGGGGAAUGAGCAGAAGAAAAUCGCUGCUGCCGAGAUGAUUCCAGAGAAAGAAACUGUUUUCCCCGGAAGACUUUGAACCUGUUUUGGGGGGGCGGUGUCAUAUCAUUAAACUCUACUCAAAAUGCUAAAGUGAUUUGGGAGAAAAAUAUUUUUUAAGUGGUGUGAUAGUUUCAUAUUCAUCUUUUAUAUGUGUUUUGUAGAGUUAAAUAAGACUGACUUCUUUUAACGAAUUACCUAUAAUAUGCCAAUAUUUCCUUGUAACUAUACAUAUCAUUUAUAUGGCAUUUGUAAAAGAAUAUGAGUAUGAAACUUACCACAUAAUUUAUAAGGUAAAAAUGAGAAGGCUUCAAAGAUUUAAGUAAUCUGAUCAGAUUUCUGUUUUUCCCAGAUGGAAUGGACUGGGUCUAUUAAGGGCUCAGGAGAGGAGGGCGAUAUUGGUAAAAAAUUGUCAGUGAGCAAAUAUCCUAAAAGAAAUGCAAAAAAUAAAUACUGUUUUCAAGCCCUCAGCUCUUUAAAGAUGCACAAUAGUUUCCUAAAUGCAUAUCAUUUGUGAGCAUUUCUAAUUAAUAUCGUGAAUAACUGAUUUGGGGCUCAGCUUCCCAGUAACUUGAUAUGGCAUCUAGGAAAGUAUUCUUUCACGACCAAAGCCUGUUGCAGUAGUAAGGUGUACUUAAGUAGUGAAAUGUUAAGAUGAAAAUUUCUCUUUUAAAGGGGGUUUAUAGGGUUGGGGUGCGGUAAAAUGCUAUGUUAGUACUGUUUGGUGUCUAUAUGUUCUAGACCAGAGUAGGCUGGAUUGAAGAUGGACUGGUCUAAUUCAUCAUGACUGAUGGAUAUGAUUAGGUUGUUCAGGAAAGCAUUAGAAGGGCCAUUCCUAUCACAAAAGUACAUUACAACAGCCUAAAGAGAAGAAAUGGCUUGAAUUUUUCAUCUUAGGUUUGACUGGACUCUAAUCAUAUAGACACAGCUUCUGAUAGAUUGCAACUGUAAGCAAAAAGUGAAAUAGAGCUGAAAACCUGGCUUUCCUUGACAAACAGAUUUAAAAUAUCUGAUGUAAAACAUGCAACAGGAGAAUUCAGGGAUAUGGGAUUUCUCUGAAUGGCAAACAUGAUAUAUGCAUGGAUUAUUAUUUUUUUUUUACUAUUUGUACUUACCUAUGAAAACCAAUUCAUUUUAUAUAUCAAAUUAUUAUUUUGUAAGUUGUGAAAAUAAACAGUUGCAGUUUUCAUAAUGAUUUCUUCCCAAUAAACCAGGUGUUCUAAUCUUG